AAAAACAUCACUCUCUCGAUUUCGAGAGGCAGAGAGACGAGAAGAGCCGAUCAUUCUUCCAUCUCUCUUUUAUCUUCACAUCCAUCUCCUUCUCCACACGAUCGCCAUCCUCUCUCUUAUUUCUCUCUCUCCCUCUUUCAUUCUUAUUAGGUUCUCUUCUUCUUCUGUGCGUGUUGACCUCGACUGACUGACUGACAGAGAUACUGAUCAAAUCAUGGCGACACUUCAAUCCAUAAUACCUGUGUCGCAGCUUCUCUACUCUAAUGGUGUUUCAGCUACUUUGUUUCCGUCUUCAAAUUCUGUUUUAUCAGCUAACAAAGGACUUAUUUUUGGGGAUUUUGUUGGUGUAUGUUGUAAAUCCAACAGAAAAACAACUAAACGGAGAAUUGGACCUGCAUCUUCUUCUUCUUCUUGGUCUUCUCUUAAGGCUGUUCUUCACAUGGAUGCAGCAAACACAAAUAAACUUACUGAUUCUAAAAAUAAACAACCCAAAAAUCAAAAGGUGGCAAACUUGGAAGAUAUACUAGCAGAAAGAGGAGCUUGUGGUGUUGGAUUCAUUGCUAAUUUAGACAACAUCGCAUCACAUGGUGUCGUUAAGGAUGCUCUUACAGCACUUGGCUGCAUGGAACAUCGUGGAGGCUGUGGAGCUGAUAAUGACUCUGGUGAUGGUUCCGGAAUAAUGACUUCAAUUCCCUGGGAUUUAUGCAACAAUUGGGCCAAUAAACAAGGAAUUGCCUCUUUGGACAAGUUGCACACAGGUGUUGGAAUGUUAUUUCUUCCCAAAGAUAAUGACUCUAUGGAGGAAGCUAAAAAAGUUAUCUUAAACAUUUUUACACAAGAGGGUCUUGAAAUUCUUGGAUGGAGGCCGGUUCCUGUAAAUAUGUCUGUAGUUGGUCACAACGCCAAAGAAACAAUGCCUAACAUACAGCAAGUAUUUGUUAAAAUAGCGGGUGAGGAACGCAGUGAUGAUAUAGAAAGAGAAUUGUACAUUUGCCGGAAAUUGAUUGAGAAGGCGACCAGAUCAGAAAGAUGGGGGGAUGAACUUUAUUUCUGUUCACUGUCCAAUCAAACAAUAGUUUACAAGGGCAUGCUUCGCUCAGAAGUUCUGGGGCAAUUCUAUUCUGACCUGCAGAAUGACCUGUACAAGUCCUCAUUUGCCAUCUAUCACCGACGAUUCAGCACUAAUACCAGUCCAAGGUGGCCUCUUGCACAGCCAAUGCGAUUACUAGGUCAUAAUGGAGAAAUCAAUACCAUACAGGGAAACUUGAACUGGAUGCAAUCUCGAGAGACCUCGCUUAAGUCUCCUGUUUGGCGAGGCCGUGAAAGUGAAAUUCGUCCUUUUGGUAAUCCAAAGGCAUCUGAUUCAGCAAACCUUGAUAGUGCUGCUGAAUUGUUACUAAGAAGUGGCCGUAAUCCAGAGGAAGCUCUUAUGAUUCUUGUCCCAGAGGCAUACAAGAACCAUCCAACUCUCUCCGUGAAGUAUCCAGAGGUUAUUGACUUUUAUGACUACUACAAAGGUCAAAUGGAGGCCUGGGAUGGACCUGCCCUUCUGCUUUUCAGUGAUGGGAAAACAGUUGGAGCUUGUCUUGAUCGUAAUGGUCUUCGUCCUGCUCGAUAUUGGAAAACUGUGGACAAUGUUGUCUAUGUUGCAUCUGAGGUUGGUGUACUUCCAAUGGAUGAGUCAAAAGUCAUCAUGAAAGGUCGUCUAGGCCCUGGAAUGAUGAUUACAGUUGACCUACAGAAUGGCCAGGUUUACGAAAAUACCGAUGUUAAAAAACGGGUCGCCUCAUCAAACCCUUAUGGACAGUGGUUGAGUGAAAAUAUGCGCACAUUGAAGCCUGUCAACUUCCUUUCGUCAGCAACUAUGGAAAGUGAUACCAUUUUGAGAAACCAGCAGGCAUUUGGUUACUCAAGUGAGGAUGUCCAGAUGAUUAUUGAAAGUAUGGCCGCACAGGGAAAGGAGCCUACAUUUUGCAUGGGUGACGAUACUCCAUUAGCUGUGCUUUCUCAGAAGCCACAUAUGCUUUACGACUAUUUCAAGCAACGAUUUGCUCAGGUUACAAACCCAGCAAUUGAUCCUCUUAGAGAAGGCUUAGUCAUGUCUCUUGAAGUUAAUGUUGGGAAGAGGGGAAACAUUUUAGAGGUCGGACCUGAUAAUGCUUCUCAGGUUAUUCUGCCUAGUCCUGUGUUGAAUGAAGGCGAGCUCGAGUUGUUGAUGAAGGAUUCUAAUCUGAAACCUCAAGUACUUCCAACAUUUUAUGACAUUCGUAAAGGGGUUGAUGGUUCACUCGGAAGAGCACUUGAAAAACUCUGUGAUGCGGCUGACGAGGCUGUUCGAAAUGGUUCACAACUGCUGGUUCUCUCUGAUCGCGCUGAUGAACUGGAGCCAACUCGGCCUGCAAUUCCUAUACUUCUCGCUGUUGGUGCAGUACAUCAGCAUCUAAUUCAAAAUGGCUUGAGGAUGUCAGCUUCCAUCGUUGCGGAUACUGCUCAAUGUUUCAGUACCCAUCAGUUUGCUUGUUUAAUUGGAUAUGGUGCCAGUGCCAUAUGCCCUCACUUGGCUCUGGAAACAUGUCGCCAGUGGCGUCUAAGUAAUAAAACUGUGAACCUGAUGCGAAAUGGAAAGAUGCCUACAGUUACAAUUGAACAGGCUCAACGGAAUUUCUGCAAGGCAAUUAAAUCUGGUCUACUUAAAAUUCUCUCCAAGAUGGGAAUCUCAUUGCUUUCCAGUUACUGUGGGGCACAAAUAUUUGAGAUUUAUGGACUAGGAAGUGAGGUUGUUGAUCUGGCUUUCUGUGGAAGUGUAUCAAAAGUUGGAGGGCUGAAUCUAAAUGAGUUGGGAAGGGAAACUAUGUCUUUCUGGGUUAAAGCUUUUUCAGAAGAUACUGCAAAGAGACUGGAAAAUUUUGGAUUCAUACAACUCAGACCUGGAGGUGAAUACCAUGGAAACAAUCCUGAGAUGUCAAAGCUGCUUCACAAAGCAGUUCGAGAAAAGAGCGAGAGUGCAUACACAGUUUAUCAGCAGCAUCUGGCUAACCGUCCUGUGAAUGUUCUUCGAGAUCUUCUUGAGUUUAAGAGUGACAGACCCUCUAUUCCUGUUGGGAAAGUUGAAUCUGCAACUUCAAUUGUGCAACGCUUUUGUACUGGUGGAAUGUCUCUCGGAGCAAUUUCAAGAGAAACUCAUGAAGCCAUUGCAAUUGCAAUGAAUAGAAUAGGUGGCAAAUCAAAUUCUGGUGAAGGUGGAGAGGAUCCUAUACGUUGGACCCCACUGGCAGAUGUAGUUGACGGCUACUCCGCUACACUUCCACAUCUCAAAGGCCUUCAGAAUGGGGAUACUGCAACAAGUGCAAUCAAGCAGGUUGCUUCAGGUCGUUUUGGUGUCACGCCAACAUUCUUGGCCAAUGCAGAGCAGAUAGAAAUAAAAAUUGCUCAAGGUGCAAAGCCUGGGGAAGGUGGGCAACUGCCUGGAAAGAAAGUUAGUGCAUAUAUUGCAAGACUGAGGAACUCAAAACCUGGUGUUCCACUUAUUUCCCCACCUCCCCACCAUGACAUUUACUCAAUUGAAGAUCUUGCCCAACUGAUUUAUGAUCUUCAUCAGGUUAAUCCCAGGGCAAAGGUAUCCGUGAAGCUUGUAGCAGAAGCGGGUAUUGGUACUGUUGCUUCUGGUGUAGCGAAGGGUAACGCUGAUGUUAUUCAGAUAUCAGGGCAUGAUGGGGGCACUGGAGCUAGCCCUAUAAGUUCUAUCAAGCAUGCUGGUGGUCCCUGGGAACUUGGGCUCUCAGAAACUCACCAGACACUCAUUUCAAAUGGACUUAGGGAAAGGGUUAUUCUUCGUGUUGAUGGUGGUUUCAAAAGUGGGGUUGAUGUCCUAAUGGCUGCGGUCAUGGGAGCUGAUGAGUACGGAUUUGGUUCUAUAGCAAUGAUUGCUACAGGUUGUGUUAUGGCACGAAUUUGUCACACAAAUAACUGCCCAGUUGGUGUUGCUAGUCAGAGAGAAGAGCUGCGAGCCCGUUUCCCUGGUGUGCCUGGUGAUCUUGUGAACUACUUUCUAUAUGUUGCUGAAGAGGUAAGGGGCAUACUUGCUCAGUUGGGUUAUGACAAGUUGGAUGAUGUUAUUGGACGAACAGACCUAUUAAGACCAAGGGAUAUUUCGUUGGUGAAGACUCAGCAGCUUGAUCUCAGCUACAUUCUAGCAAAUGUUGGGUUACCAAAAUGGAGCAGUACUCAGAUAAGAAAUCAGGAUGUUCACACAAAUGGUCAUGUCUUGGAUGACGUUUUGCUUUCUGAUCCAGAGGUGUCUGACGCCAUCCAGCAUGAAAAAGUAGUUAACAAAACCAUAAAUAUCUACAAUAUCGAUCGAUCUGUUUGUGGCCGUCUUGCGGGGGUAAUUGCAAAGAAGUAUGGCGAUACCGGUUUUGCAGGACAGCUCAAUAUAACGUUUAAUGGAAGUGCUGGGCAGUCCUUUGCAUGCUUUUUGACUCCUGGAAUGAACAUUCGACUUGUUGGAGAAGCUAACGACUACGUGGGGAAGGGCAUGGCCGGAGGCGAAGUGGUUGUAACUCCUGUAGAGAGUACUGGGUUCGUUCCUGAAGAAGCGACUAUUGUUGGAAAUACAUGCCUCUAUGGUGCUACCGGAGGUCAAAUAUUUGUUCGAGGAAAAGCUGGGGAACGUUUUGCUGUAAGAAACUCUCUUGCUCAAGCCGUGGUUGAAGGCACUGGAGAUCAUUGUUGUGAGUACAUGACUGGUGGUUGUGUGGUUGUACUUGGAAAGGUUGGACGAAAUGUAGCUGCGGGAAUGACUGGUGGUUUGGCAUACAUGCUUGAUGAGGAUGACACACUCAUCUCCAAGAUAAACAAGGAGAUCGUGAAGAUUCAGAGAGUGAUUGCACCUGCAGGGCAAGUACAAUUGAAGAGUCUAAUAGAAGCUCAUGUUGAGAAAACUGGUAGCAGCAGAGGCACUCUUAUUUUGAAAGAGUGGGAAACAUACCUUCCUCUCUUCUGGCAAUUAGUACCACCCAGUGAAGAGGACACACCAGAGGCUUGUACAGAAUUUGAGAGAGUAAAAGCUGCGCAGGUAUCAUUGCAAAAGUCUGCUGCCUAAACAAACAUUAUCUUGACACGUAUAGAACCAUACCAAGAAUCCUGGGACUCCAACAGUACAAAAAAGAAAGAUACUGACACUGUAGCAAGAAUUUUCUCAGUCACAGGGGAAUUGAACUCUUUUAAGUUGGUAACAGAAAGGAAUCCGGAUUCCAUCGUCUACUGGAAUCUUCUAAUGAAGCUGGUGAAGGUAAUGGAAUCCCUUGAUUUCCCAGUUCAGAAGGUGAAUGUUUACCACUGGACUGUGUAUGGGAAGUUGUAAAGUGGUGUGUCAAACCUUGUUGUUCCAAAUGUAAAUUCUUUUGCACUGAAUAUUCUAUCUAUUUGCCGCUUGUGCAUGAUACCACAUUAAUAAAGGCAUCCUGUCUGUUAUCCGAUGGAAUUUUCCCAAUAGGAAAUUCUUUCAGGCAUAGUUGAUGAUUUUCUUUUCGUAUUCUAUGCUUCAACAUUCUUACUAAUGGUAAAACAAAAGCCCUUAAUAUGUUUUA